AAAAUUUUUGACUAAAAUUUUUUCCACAUAAUCAUUUUUCGAUUACCAUCAACAAAAUAGAAAUUAUCAAAUUGAAAAGCUUUGACAAAGACUUUCAUAGAUUAAUGAAUCUUCAUAAAGAAGAUGACAAUGUAUACGAGUGAAAGCUCAUCAGAAAGUUAUGAUGAAGUGUUAAGAACAUUCAUAGAAUUUGAAGAACUAAAAAGGAUACAAGAGGAAAGUAGAAAAAUUGACUAUUCAGGAGCUCAAGAUGUUGAGAAAGAAAACGAUCAUAAAUAUAAAAUAUUCUUAUUGGUCCUGGUAAUUGGUGGAUGGACUUUUGUAAUGAUCAUAAAAGGAUUGUUAUACAUUGUGAGGUCUGGACCUUCUGAAAGCACAGUAGUAGAAAUUAGACCUUGCUCAACAACAAGAAGAACUGAAAAUCAUCAUGCUUCGUAUCCUAUAGAUAUUCCAUGCAGUCAAAGCCAAAGUAAUGUCAAUUCCUCUGAGUCUACUUCAAGUCAACCCUUGACAUCUAACAGAACUCCAGUUUUAGUCUCAGCUACUCAUUCAAAUUCUGGAACUAAUCAAGAAAGAACUCCAUUAGUAUUAGUUGAAGAUUCUCCACCUACAUAUGAAGAAUGCAUGAAAAAUAGACUCGCACAAUAAAAUGCUACACGUCGUACAACUACAAUGCUGAAUGUUUAAAAGACCACUAAUUCCAUAUGCCUUUUGAUUGGGAUUGUCUGGGAUUCAGAAGAAACCGUUGUUAAAUUUAUAGAACAGUUGAAAGUUUAUUUAUGAUUCAUGGAUUGUGUAGCUUUCUGUAUGUUUAUAGGUAUUGAGUGUUGGUUAAAUUAUAAAAUUUUAGACUUUUUGUCUUCAUUGUUAAAUAAUAAAAUUUCUCACGAAGC